GCGGUAAAUCAACCUCUGCGGCUCGAGUGCGCGCGAGCAGUCCGAGAAGACCCGGUAGAACGGAGAGGGAGGGGGGGGGAGGAAGAGUGAACAAGGGAGAGAGAGAAAGAGAGAGCGACGACCGCCAGGGUCCGGAUGACUAAGAGACGAUGGACACGGAGAGGGUGAUGCCCGAUGAAAAGAGAGAUCUUUGCCCUGCCGACUGAAUGAAGCUGCCCCUGGUGUUUCUGAGGGCCCUCUCCAUGUUUUGAUCUGCUCAGUAUCUUAACUUAAGAAAGUUGGUUUUCUUUAUCUGCUUCCUGCCAUGCCGUCCAACAAUCCCGCUGCCGCCGAGCAGCUUCAGACGCCAGAGAAUGACACCUCUAAAGAUGUGGGCCAAGACGGAGCGGAUCAGGACAGACCGGAGGAGCGGCUGCCAGCGAGCCCCCAAAAUAAGAGAAGAGUCGGCCGCCCUAGCAGGAAAUGCAAGCAGCUGCUUCCUGAGAUGGCGGCCUCUGACCCCUGUGCAAACGCCCCCCCUACUCCGCCUGAGGAGCCGGAGCCUUCCCCGUCCUUACAGAAGAAGAGAAGGCGCAGGAAACUCAACAGAACUGAAAGGAAUAAAGAUGAACCGGAUGAAAGAAACUGCGACUCUCCCAGAGAGGGUGAGACCAGGAGGCUUCGGCGGAGGCCAGUCCCCAGAGUGACUUUCCAGGCUGGGGAUCCGUUCUAUAUCAGCAGAAGGCAGAAGGAAGAAUGGCUCAGCCGCUGGAAGAUGGAGGCAGAACGGAGGGCAUACAGAGAGGCUGAGAUUAGUAUGAUGGAUGACCUAUCAGAGAGUGGCUUUCAAAAAGAGGAGGAGCUAGCCAGCCCGACUCCUCCCCCUUCACAGCAACACACAGAUCCGGCGUCUCCAACAGUUGCCGUGACACCCGAUCCAGUUGCCAGAGGCGACCAAGCUAUGGCCAGUGAGAUUGAGUACCAGGAUGGCCGGGGUUUCAGUAUUGGAACGUUGGUGUUUGGGAAGCUGCGAGGUUUCUCUUGGUGGCCCGGACGGAUCGUUUCCUGGUGGAUGAGCGGGCGGAGUCGGGCUGCAGACGGCACUCGCUGGGUGAUGUGGUUCGGCGAUGGAAAAUUCUCUGUGGUCUGUGUUGAAAAGCUGAUGCCCCUGAGCUCUUUCUCAUCCGCUUUCCACCAGCCAACAUACAACAAGCAGUCCAUGUAUCGAAAGGCCAUUUUUGAGGCUCUACAGGUUGCAAGUAUGCGUGCAGGAAGACCAGUUCCUUCCUGUGAUGCAAGUGACGAGGCUGAAGGCGUCGAACUUCAGACCAGACAGAUGAUUGAGUGGGCCAUGACCGGCUUCCUUCCAAAUGGUCCACAGUCACUGGAUCCUCCAGAAGAGGAGCAAAAUCAGUUUAAAGAAGGAUACCUAGAGAUGAUGCCAGAGGCAGCAUACACACCUCCACCUGCAAAGAAACCCCGCAAGAACUCAGCAGAGAAAGCAAAAAUCAGGGAGGUGAUCGACGAAGGGACCAGAGAGAGACUCAUACAUGAAAUCAAAAAGAAGACCAGGAAUAUAGAAGAAAUCUGCAUCUCCUGUGGAAGCCUCAAUGUCUCUCUGGAGCACCCUCUUUUCAUGGGAGCGAUGUGCCAGGGUUGCAAAAACUCCUUCCUAGAGUGCGCCUACCAGUAUGACGACGAUGGCUAUCAGUCCUACUGCACCAUCUGCUGUGGAGGAAGGGAAGUGCUCAUGUGUGGAAACAACAACUGCUGUAGGUGUUUCUGUGUAGAAUGUGUCGAUCUCCUGGUUGGAGCCGGCUCAGCAGCAGCAGCCAUCAAAGAGGAUCCCUGGAACUGCUACAUGUGCGGACCCAGGAGCGCCUACGGAUUACUGCAGCGAAGGGAUGACUGGCCAAUCAGACUUCAGCACUUCUUUGCCAACAAUCACGAGCAGGAAUUUGAACCUGCCAAAUUGUAUCCUCCAGUUGCAGCCGAAAAGAGGAAACCAAUCAGAGUCCUGUCUUUAUUUGACGGCAUUGCCACAGGUCUGCUGGUGCUGAAAGAUUUAGGCAUCCAAGUGGACAAAUAUGUCGCCUCUGAAGUUUGUGAGGACUCCAUCACUGUUGGCAUGGUCCGGCAUGAGGGACGCAUCAUGUAUGUGGGGGAUGUACGCAAUGUAACCCGCAAGCAUAUUGAAGAGUGGGGACCAUUUGACCUGGUAAUUGGAGGAAGCCCCUGUAAUGACCUCUCUAUAGUCAACCCUGCGAGGAAAGGCCUGUUUGAGGGCACUGGCCGUCUGUUUUUUGAGUUUUAUCGUUUGCUCCAUGAGGCUCGACCGAAACCUGGCGACGAGAGGCCGUUUUUUUGGCUCUUUGAGAAUGUGGUCGCCAUGGGAGUCAGCGACAAACGCGACAUCUCACGCUUUUUAGAGUGUAACCCAGUGAUGAUUGACGCCAAGGAAGUCUCUGCUGCCCAUCGUGCUCGCUAUUUCUGGGGAAACCUACCCGGCAUGUCCAGACCUCUGACACCAAUGGCAAAUGACAAACUUGACUUACAAGAGUGCCUGGAACAUGGACGCACAGCUAAGUUUGAGAAGUUGCGUACGAUAACGACCCGCUCCAACUCUGUGAAGCAGGGGAAAGACGAGCAUUUCCCAGUCUUCAUGGACAACAAGGAGGACAUCCUCUGGUGUACAGAAAUGGAAAGGGUGUUUGGUUUUCCUGUCCAUUACACUGAUGUGUCCAACAUGAGUCGUCUGGCGAGGCAAAGGCUGCUGGGUCGUUCCUGGAGUGUCCCCGUCAUCAGGCACCUGUUCGCCCCGCUCAAGGAGUACUUUGCCUGCUAUUAACUACAAACCCAAGUCUCUCUCUCUCUCAGACACACACACAAAGAGACACACAUGCUGGUUACCACAAACAGAAUACAGUCAGUAUAUAAAGGUUGGCUGAUGCAGAAUGACACAAUACUGGGCAAACAGAUAUCGACACACACAAAAGCAACAGGUAAUGUAGACCACUGGCUGACCUUAGUUCCCUGGUGCUACCGUGGUGAUUUAUAAACGCAAACACACACAGGGUUUCUGUACUGUAACUCAUUAGUAUACUUCCUGUCCAACCUUGAAACUGAUGUCUUCUGGCUUUACUGUGCUGCAACAGCUAGUUACAACCUCCAGGGGGUGCAAGUGUAACAAAGAUGCUCCUGCUUUUUGUUUUUGAAUAUG